AUGAGCUGGACUGCGGGAGUCCUGCAUACAAGCUGGAGAGCUGCCGCUUCGGGAGCAGCUUUCCUUUACCCAGGGAUGGCUCUGCGUCCCCACCAGGUGGCACGCAUCCCUCUCAGGAGCGGCUGGCCCUUGGUCCCCGUUGCCAAGUUGGCUACUUUGAAGUGUGAACUUAUUAAGAAUUUUUCUCCAGAGAAGAUAAUUCAUCACAAUAAGAUAUCCAUUAUAGGAACUGGAUCAGUGGGCAUGGCCUGUGCUGUCAGCAUCAUAUUAAAAGGCUUGAGUGAUGAACUUGCCCUUGUGGAUACCGAUGAAGGCAAACUGCAGGGUGAGACCAUGGAUCUUCAACAUGGCAGCCCUUUUGUGAAAAUGCCAAAUAUUGUUUCUAGCAAAGAUUACCAUGUCACUGCAAACUCCAAUUUAGUGAUUAUCACAGCAGGUGCACGGCAGGAAAAGGGAGAAACACGCCUUAAUUUGGUCCAGCGAAAUGUGUCUGUCUUUAAAUUAAUGAUUUCUAAUAUUACCAAGUACAGUCCCCGAUGCAAACUGAUUAUUGUUUCCAAUCCAGUGGAUAUAUUAACUUAUGUCGCCUGGAAGUUGAGUGACUUUCCCAAAAAUCGUGUUAUUGGAAGUGGCUGUAAUCUGGACACUGCCCGUUUCCGUUUCUUAAUUGGGCAAAGACUUGGUAUCCACUCUGAAAGCUGUCAUGGGUGGAUCCUUGGAGAGCAUGGAGACUCAAGUGUUGCUGUGUGGAGUGGAGUGAACGUUGCUGGUGUCUGUCUGAAGAAUCUGAACUCAGAUGUAGGACCCAAUACAGAUCGUGAAGAGUGGAAAAAUGUUCAUAAAGAAGUGAUUGCCAGUGCCUAUGAGAUUAUUAAAAGAAAAGGUUAUACUUCUUGGGCCAUUGGCUUUUCUGUAGCUGAUUUAACGGAAAGCAUUUUGAAGAAUCUUAGGAGAGUGCAUCCAGUUUCCACCAUAAUUAAGGACCUCUAUGGAAUAAAGGAGGAAGUAUUUCUAAGUGUUCCUUGUAUCCUGGGAGAGAAUGGCAUUACAGACAUUAUAAAAGUAAAUCUGACCCCUGAAGAGGAGGCCUGUUUAAAGAAGAGUGCAGAAACACUUUGGGAAAUUCAGAAGGUGCUCAAGCUUUAAUGCUGAUUAAUGCUACCACUCUGCAGUUUUUAAAGAAAAAGAUUGUAGUUAUGGGAUUGUAUAUGUCAAUUUUUUAAAUAAAUAUGAAUUCCUAAAAGUUGGAAAAAGGAAGGGUAAAGUGACCCCCCUAUUUAUUUAGCCCUCCAGCUUU